GCAGACUGGAAAGUCCCAACCCCAGGGCCCCCCAAUCCUUUUGACAAGGAGGGCAGAGAAGAGGCAAGAACUUCUGGGCCUUUCCCAGGCUUCCCGGUAGUCGACCCCAUGGAGAAAUUUAAGACAGUGCUGGACCUGCACCUGAAGCACCACAGCACGCUGACCUAUGGCCUGGUGGCCCUGCUCACGGCGGGCGGGGAGAAAAUCUUCUCGGCGGUGGUGUUCCAGUGCCCGUGCAGUGCCUCCUGGAACCUUCCCUAUGGUCUAGUGUUCCUGCUGGUGCCCGCGCUGGCGCUCUUCCUCCUGGGCUACGUGCUGAGCGCGCGCACCUGGCGCCUGCUGACCGGCUGCUGCACGCGCCGCGGGGCCUGGUUCGCCUCCGGGACGCGCGGCGCGUGCGUGUGCGCGCAGCUCAGCGCGGCCGCCGCGCUCGCGCCGCUCACAUGGGUCGCUGUGGCGCUGCUCGGCGGCUCCUUCUACGAGUGCGCCGCCAGCGGAAGCGUCUGGAUUGCCGGGCGCCUGUGCGGAGACCUCAGCCCUACCUGCGCCGAGCAGCUGCCGCUGGUGCCCUGCAGCCCGGGCGACUCGGGCAAGCAGAUCCUCCUGAAAGAGCUCAAGGCGCAAUCGCAGGUGCUUGGCUGGAUCCUGAUAGCAGUUGUUGUUAUCUUGCUUCUGAUUUUUACUUCUAUCACCCGAUGCCUGUCACCAGUCAGUUUUAUGCAGCUAAAAUUCUGGAAAAUCUAUUUGGAAAAGGAACAGCAGAUCAUGGAAAGUCAAGCGAAGGAGCACGCAACUGAACUGGCAAGAGAAAACAUCAAAUGUUUCUUUGAGAGCUGUCGCCCAAAGGAAUUCAGUACACCAACUGUAAAAGAUUGGGAGCAGAUUUCAUCACUGUAUACUUUCAAUGCCAAGACCCAGUACUAUAGCAUGUUGCACAAAUAUGUGAACCGAAAAGAGGAGACUGGUAGUGUCAGAUCCAGUGAGGGAGACACAGUGAUUCCUGUCCUUGGCUUUGUAGAUUCCACUGGUAUAAACACUUCUUCUAACUUGUGAACUUGGAAAUGAAUAGAAAAGGUGUUUUGAGUUAUUGCUUCAUUAAAAAUAAUGCUCUUGUU